AUGGAGAAGCGCAAGCGGCGGGUGGCGAAGACCCGCCUCAACGCGAGCGGCAUGCGCGUCCGCGUACCCUGGUUCGAGGAGUGGGCGGCGGUCGAGCACACGAAGCGCACGAGGUCCCUAGACCCGAAAACCUCGCGCUUGGACAGGCUCUUCCAGGCCUCCCACGACUUUAGAGACGGCCGGCCGCUCACGCAGAACAAAGACAUCGAACGGCUGUGGAACUUCUUCACCCAUUUCGUCGGUUUGACAGCCACCGCACAGUCGCUUGAGGAAAUGAAGAAGUCACGGGCGAUGCGUAAACUUCAGCAGGCGCAGGAAGCGGCAUUUGGUGUCGCCGACGACGACAGCGAUCCGGACGAAAUGCCGGACGAGCUCGGUGCGCAGCCUAAGGAGAAGGAGAAGGAGAAGGAAAAGGAGAAGGAAAAAGAGCAACCCAAGGAGCCCGAGAAAAAGCGGCCCCUCCCUCCCCCUGGGGUGCCGAUGACGCAAGAGGAGAGAACGAAAAUGCAGACGUACCGCAGGGAGGUGCGCGACACGCGCCUGGAACGCUUCUUGAACGAGCCGGAGCAUACGGUCAGGAUCUUCUUCUCUGGCUUCUACCGCGACCGCGGCAUGUACGGGUCGCAGAGGGACUGCCGAAACGGUCCGAUCCUGAUCUCCUUCUUCCUCAACUUCCUCCUCCGCAACCGCGUCUUCCCCGAGGCGGAGAAGGACUUCAAGCGCGCCCUCGCCGCGUCGGAGCUGGCGCGCGAGGAGCUGCCCCGGACGUUCGUCGUCAGCCAGCAGUUCGAGGCGGACGCGUUCAGCCGCGGCUGCCAGCGCACCUUCGGCGUGCUCUCCGAGGCGAACUCGUGGGACUACGCGUACACAUAUGCGGGCGACGGCGGCGACGAGUCCCCAUCCGCGCCGUCCGAGGACGAGUGCGCGACCCCGGACACGAAGCGUCAAAAGGUCGAGGCCGCGAUCCUGCAGGUCGCCGCGGGAGUCGACGAGCGGAUCGAGAUCGUGGGCCAGGAGGAAGCGGUGCAGAUGGAGGUGGAGGCUUUCGCCGCGGCCGAGGCCGCUGCGGCCACUCCAGACGUCGACGCGAACAAGACUGCCGAGACCGACUCGCUUUCGCCGUGGGACGCGCCGGAUGCGACGAACCACUCGUGGGGAGAGCCGACGGAUGCGGUCCCGGGUUUCGAGUGGGGGGUGAACGGCGCGGCGGAGCCCAACACGGCGAGCGAGUGGGAGGCCCCGGUGCAAGACAACCCGCUCACGCGCUACUUGGGCAUGACGCCCCUCCCCCUCACGCACACCUCCGGCGUCAUCGAGGUGUCGACACGAAGCAUCAAGCGAGUCACGAUGCCCGACCUCACUGCUCCAGCCCCGGCCGACGCAGCUGGCGACGGGAAGGCGGCGGCGGCGGCGGUCGAAGACUCGCUUGCCCGCACGUUCGCGCGGCUCACGCUCGCGCCGUGGCGUGAGUGGGACGCCACGCCGCUCGCAGAAGCCCGCAUGCCACGCGUCGAGCGCAACUCCCGUGGCGCAGUCGUCGCCAACCAGUCCGCCACCCCCGCUGAAGGCGCGCACAACCCGUUCGCGGACGACAUCACCGUGUACGUCGAGCCGUCAGUCGCGCAGGACCUGCGCGUGGGCAUGGGCAUCACCGCGUCCUGGAUCCAGCUUGCGCGAGUCGACCCUGCCGUGCCCGUGCGGCUCACGCAGGCUGAAUUCGACAAGCUUGGGACGACGGGGAUCCCGGGCAAGACAGGUGCGCCGGGGACGCCGGUUCAGCCAACGGGGAUCUGGUAUGCAGAGGCGGUCCGGUGCGUCUUGACGAGCUUCCACACCGAGAUGAUCCCGCUGCCGACGACGGAAGAGGUCCUGGGUGAUGGCGACGAAUGA